AUGUCGUGCAGUAGUGACGAUCAAUCCGACAAGGAGGUAAAGAUUCCCAACAAAUGAUCAAUGAAAUACUUAUCGAUUUGUGUUCAAGUGCCCACUCUGCAUGGAAACAUUAGAGCUUGACGACGUCAACUUCUUCCCUUGUAAAUGUGAAUACCAAGUGAGUUUUUGUGUGGUGGAAAGGUUGAAAAAUGGAAAAAUAAAGUUGAAAGAAAAUUAUUGAUUUUUACGGUGUUCACACGUGAUUCAAAGAAUGAAAUGGCAAAAUAUGGAAAAUAUUAAAAAGAUUUUUCGUGUUUUCAUUAAAACUUUUAAGCGUGAUUUUUUAAAACUUCCACUUUGAAAUAUUAAAUUUUCACGGUUUUUCGAAAUUAAUUACUAUUCGAAGUUAAUUAAUUAUUCGAAGUUUAAAGGCUAUUUUUUCGCAUGGGAAGGAAGAUCAGAAAUUUAAGUCUCUGUGAUAUUUAUUAAAGGUUUUUUUUCUGGAUAAACAGUACUUUUUAAAGUUUUGCUGUACAAGUUUAUCAUCACACGCUUCAGAAAAUUGACAGCCAUCUUGUGAUUUUUGAAAGUUGUCAUAAAACUUCAAUCAUUUUAGCUUCCCUUUCAGUAUUUUUGAUUUAAAAAUGAUUUUUCUGGGUUAUUUCUAGGCGCAGAAGUCUUGGAUCACCUGGAAAUUACUGAAAACGAUUUUUUGAUAAACUCUUCAAAGGAAAAAUCUCAGGAAUGAUUUUUGCAAGGACUAUCCUGGAAAACUUGCAGAUUUGCCGCUUUUGCUGGCAUCGUUUGCGUACCGAUGAAAAUGGGCUGUGCCCGGCAUGUAGACAACCUUAUCCGGAAGAUCCCGUCAAUUUCAAGGUUCCAGAAAACUUGAAAUUGCACAAAAAAAAAGAUAAUUUAAGCCUUUGUCAAGUGCGGACGUGCAACGGCACAAAGAUGAGAAGCGAAUGAAGCAACAGGCGGAAAAAAUACGAAUUUCUGAGAGUCGGCAGCAUCUUUCCAAUUAUCGCGUUCUGCAAAAAGUUCUUUUUCCCUUUAGGAAAAAGAAAAUAUUAUUUUUAAUCCCAGAAUUUGGUCUACGUUGUUGGAUUGUCGGCGAGGGUUACGGAUCAAGAGACGUUGAGAAAACUUGAAUUUUUCGGAAAAUAUGGCAAAAUUUUGAAGGUUUGUUCGGGGAUCUUUCAUUUCUUUCUAGUAGAGUGAUUGGAAUGGUUAUGGUUAAUAUAAAUCAUCUUUUUCUUUAUAAAAAAAUUUGAGUUUUUUUGAACGAAAAAAAUUAGCUAGGUUUUUUUGAUUUUCAAUAUCGCCUAUCUAUUGAAAAAAAGUUUUGGCUUUUAAUUUUUUUCUAGUUUUGAUAAUCAAUUUUUCAGCAUAAAUCUCAACUUUCUGUUACAGUUCAAUUUCAAUGUAUUAUUUUAUAGAGAAAAAAAUACAGAAUAAAAAAAGUAAAAAAAUUCAGUUUUCGUGAAAAAUAAUGAAACUUUCGAGACAUGAUCUAAAGAAAGGUACUAAUUAAAAAAACUUGGAAAUUUUUAAAAAAACUUCUCAAUUUUUUUAGGCUCUCUCUAUUGUCCCUCUAUUGAGAGUCACCUUCGUAACUUUAAUUUUCCGGAAAAAUCAUUAAAUUUUUCCAAAAGUCAUGUUUCGAAAUGAAGAAAGAUGGUGGGAAAUUGAAAAGUACUCGGGUUUCCUUAAUUUUCCAGAUAUAGAGACAUUUUUCCGCUCGAAUUUUGAACUAAACUUAGAAGUUUUCAAACCAAAAAAGAUGAAAUUUCAAUUAUUUGGCACUUCUCGUUAUAGCUUCAUUUAAAAGCUUCAAUCUUUUGCAAUUUUUAUUCGAAUUUUUUAAAAAGAAGCCAGUUUUGGAAAGAAGAAAGAUGCUGGGAAGUGUCCAAACUUUGUGGAAAACUUUUUUGAUAGUCGCUUUUUCUUGAUGUUAUUGAGUAAAGAAAAUGGUAUUUCAUGAAAAAAGGUCCCAAAAAGUUCAAAAUUGGCGGAAAGUUCUGGAAAAACCUGAAGCCUAGUUACCUUUUUUUAAUUUUGAUGUUUUUAGGUAGUGACCGGAACGGCGCCGAGUAUGCACCCGAACGCCCAGCCGAGUCAUUCCGCCUACGUAACUUAUAGCAAAGUUGAUGACGCAUUAAGAGCUAUUCAGGUGCUUUUGUCUCACCUUUUCUCAUAGGCAUCAAGUUGGAAGGGUCAAAAAAGGCUUCAUAAAGAUUUUCCUUUUAGGGUGAUAAAGGUUCCUUUUUUGCGCCAUUUCAUCGGCUGUUAUGCACCAUUUUUGCUGCCUCUCCCGUUUCCCACCUUUUCUCGAGCCUUUAAAAUCCUAGAAAAAUUGGAAGGCUCAAUAAAAGGACCCUUUUUGCUGCCGUUUUUGAGCCCUUUUAAGCCCUUUUAGUGGCCUUUCCAACUUAGCUUCUAUCAUGCGUAAAACCAUCAAUAAUCAACUUUUUUGCAGAAUGUGAAUAAUUCGUACUUGGAUGGGCGGCUUGUGAAGGCCUCUUUAGGCACCACAAAGUAUUGCUCAUCGUUUUUGCAGAGUAAAAAGUGUUUCAAACCGGUGAGUUUCCAAGAAAAAUUGAGUUUUUGUUGAGGGAAUUUCAAUUUAUCGGAUUUUUUGAACGGUUUCAACGAAAUUUCAGGGAAUCCACUUGUGGAAAAAAAAAUGAAUCCAAGGAUUUUUCGCAUAAUUUUCAAAACGGUUUACAAAAGGACGACUUUUCAUAAUUUGCGAAAUUAACGAAAAAAUGUUGUUAUUUUGGAUUUUGAAAGUUUUAAGUAGUUUUGCGCGACGUCUUAAGCAAGAUUAUUUACUUUUCUUCAUCAAGAUGUUUUAUUUGAGGUUUGAAGCGUACAUAAUAGGGGAAAAAGCGAAAAUUCAAGCAUUUCAUUGAUUUUUACCGUUAAUGACGCUACAGAUUUUUUUUUGUUGAUAAUCUCAAAAUGCAGUGAAGGAAAAGUCGAAAAUUCUCUUUUUUUAAUGAUAAAGUUGGAUAUAUAAAUUAUUUUUCGCGAAUUUUUCUAGAGAAACUUGGAUUUUUCGCUUCGUUUUGAGCUCGAGCUCUUAUUUUUCCUUAAUUUUAAUACUUUUUUUAUACUUCAGGAAUGUAUGUACCUUCACGAAAUUGCCGAACCCGAGAUCAGUUUCACAAAAGAGGAUAUGCACGCGGGUAAACAUACGGACUGCGAGAAGAGGUACCCGAAAAAAUUCGAUUUUCGAGAAAAUUCAUUUUUUACAGAUUAAUUGACGCAAUGUUGAGCCAAUGUCAAGCCAAAGCACUGUUGGCCGAGAAAACGAGGACAAGGUUUUUUUUUCGUUGUUUUUUUUUGGGAAAAAGAACAAGAAUAGCUAUGAAAAAUCGCUUCUGAAAGUUCAAUUUGACCGAAAAAAAUUUUUUUCAACUUUUUGAAAAAUUUGAGGGAUUUCAGGCUUGAAAGGAAGGUUCUUCAAUAAUAUUUUAACUUAGGAAAAAAAGUAAAUUUUUAAAAAUAUUGGUAACGAAAAAGGUAUUUUAGCACUUUGAACUCUUGGAUCUUCCGGUUGAUUUCGAUUAUUUUUCAUUUUUUUUUUCUUUUUUUUUCGAAAGUUGAUCGGAUUUCGAUUGUGGAACAGGAAAUUUCAGCCUUAGAAGCUUGGAAAUUAUUUUUUCUUGUUCAAAUAUAAAUAUUUCGAGGCGUUACACUUGUAGAUUCAACUGAAAAUUUGAGUUCAGAUGUGAAAAAAAAACGUGUUUUUCUCAGUUUUUUCAGGGACUUUCAAUCCUUAAAAAAAUUAUGAGUUUAAUGAAUUUCUCAAUAUCAGAAAAAGUUCCAGGGAAAUCUGUUUUCUAAUCAAUUUAUCAAUGAAUUUUAGCCUUUUUCACGAAAUUUAUGACCUACCCAUUUUCUUGCCUGAAAAAAUUACAAAACCCGCGGAACUCCCCAUAAAUCAAGAACAGCCGUCGGCGAGAAGCAACAAUAAUAGAAAGAGGGAUUUUGUUGCAGAGAAGCGAUACGACAGGCACAGGAGGCGGCGAAACAAGAAGUUUCCCACUGGGACAUGGCGAACGAUGGCGGCGACGAGUGCGACGAGUUGGGCGCGAACGAUGACGACGAGGACGACGACGACGACCAGAGGAGCAGCUCUGGCGACGGCGACGUCCAGGAAGAGUCGCCCGCGUCCGGCAGCUACAGCGACGCCAGUUCCAACGACGGGGUCAAUCAUUUGAAAUUGUUGAUUUGGUGGAUUUUGCAACGAUUAAAUUAUGACAAGGGAGAAAAAUGUCGCUCAUUUUUCUUUACAUUAACUUGUGCGAAGAGUUCGCGCUCCUGGAAAAGUCGGUCGCUUUUCAAAAUGGCCAUUUUUCGAUUUUUUUUUUAGUUCUAAAUUGCUCCAAAAUGCGAAGAAUUCUCGAUUUUACUUAACUUUCAAAUAUCGAAAAACCAAAUAUUGACAGCCCAGAGUAGGAUAUUUCUUGUUUUUUCAACUUAUUUUAAGUCAAACUUGACCUUUUUCAAAAAGAAUAUUUUGGUCUUUGAUAAUAGAUAAACGGAAAUAAGGAGUACUGUACGUGCAAGUCCGCAUUUGACGCGUGCACUUUGCGUGUUUGCACAUUGCGCGUGGUCUUUCCAGUUUGGCUCGAAAUUUUAUGGAAAUCGAUUACAACUUAAGGAAAAAGUUGGAUUGAACCAACUAUUCAGUACUCGUAUUGUGAAAAAAAAAUGGUAAACGCACGUCCAAUCUACAAACACGCAACGUGCACGUGUCAAAUGCGGACUUCCACAUACAGUACUCUUCGUAGAAAAAAAAAAUCGCUCCUGUCGAAGCACCGAAAAAAAAUCACCGCCAAAGGUUCAUAAUCGCAACCUGCAAAUGGACUGCAAAAAGUAAAAGGCAAUAAACACUUUUAAAAAAAGGACGAAAAAAUUUGAGUGUAGUGUAAAAAAAAAUUCUAGAUAAAUGACCUUAAAAGUUUGGCCGCCAAGCUCAAACAACUAUGGUUUUUAAUCUCAAGCUCUUUAAAUAUUAUAACCAUUGUCAUAGAAAAAUAAUAACUUGCAUGGAAAAUGAAAGCGUUCACACAUUUGGAAACGUUAUUUUAAUGUUAGCGAGUUGAGUUUCAAUUUUUUUUUUCGAAAAAUCGGUUCUCUCGGCUUCUCAUUCACGAAACGGGCGCUAAAUUCAAUCUUUAGAAGAGUUUUAAAAUAUAUUUUUGAAUUUUUUUAAAGUUUUUUUCUGGUCAAGUCAUCCUUGUUUAUUCUUUUUUUCAGUCUUCUGUGGAAGACCCGGCACCUUCAAACGUACGGCAACACGAAGCACACGCGAAACGAAUCAAAUCGGCGGUCAAAAGAAGGGACGAUUUAUCGAUUGCACAGGUUUCCAGUACCAUCAGCACUAUAUUUGUUUCAUGAUGGUCAAUUUUCAGAGUCAUUCACCCCCUACGGAUCCAGAAGCAAACGACAACGAGGUCGAGGACGCCUUGGAGGAUGAUCUUUUAUCUUCGUGAGUUUAUGAGGGAAAAUAUUGAGAAAGAAAUUGGUAGAAAAUAACAUGGGAAGGUUUUGCAACGAAAAAAGUCACAGUAUGAAGAAUUUUUGGUUUUAAUAUUCGAAAAAAAAAACACGAAGCUUAACAGUUACAAUGUUUGGAAGCUCCACGAGGAAAUUCUCAGAUCUAGAAGUAAUUUUACGAAAAUUUAUGCCGGAGAUGAUGAAAUUUGCAAGGAAGUGUUAAUAUCAAAUCAUUUAUUUUGUUGUUUUAGUCUGACUAGGCGGUGAACAAGAACUUUUAAAGCUAUAGCGAACAACCGCCUUUGGCGAGCUAGAAGUCCAAACGUGUAGUCGAAAGAGUUGAAAGCAUGGUCUCACGGUCCUUCGCCUCGUUCUUCUGCGCGUAGUCCAUCCAGUUGCGCCUUGACGAGCUCAGAAUGUAGUGGAUGUUGAGCUGGAGCCCGGAGACCGUGCUCUAGGUGGAAGCCUCAGAAUGAGAGCGACCACUUCGAGUGAAGAUUUUACACGGAAUAGAUUUUACACGGAAUAUUAGAAAGCUGACAUCAAAAAAUGUAGCUCAGAAAAAAAAUAUCAGCUUCCUGUUGAGUUUUAGUUUCGAUACAAUUUUUCUAAAAAUUCUGUAAAAAACUUUGUCAUUUUUUCGCUUUUGAAUCACUCCUAAAAAACCCAAGUCGUUAGCUUUCGAGAAAUCUCAAAAAAUCGGUGAAAUCUCAAGUAAAUGGUCUUAAAACGAUCAGCGGGAUAGUGGGCUGGGACACAAGGUUUUAGAUAAUUUUAUGCUAUUUCCGAAAAAAAAAAAUGUAACGGUUAGUUAGGCGCAACCCGGAAGAAAUUCUGUAAACGUUUCCCAUAAUUAGCGAAACAGUGCGUAAAUAGGAGGGUUUCAGAUUUUUCUGUUUAAUUUCUGGUCUUCAACUAAUGAAGAUAAGAACAGCGCAAGAUAAAAAUAAUGACUUUUUUGUUUCAGAUGCCUAGCAGAAAAGUUGCACUCAACGAAACUGCUCUGCGACGAGGAAGAGUCGACAUUUGGCAUCCCGGCGCCGGCGGAAUUCGUCGAGGCGCCGGCGCCACUCGUCAACUGGCAGACGCUCCUUGGCCUGACGCCGCAGCCGACGCCGACGUUCCCCUCGAUGCCGACCUCCUUGUUCGGCAACCUCGUCGAGCCCAAGCAGAACAGCAUGACGUCGACGGCGACGACGACUUUGGGCUCCUCUUCUAGCUCCAACAACGUCACGACGACACGAAGGCUGGCCCCGAGCCCGCCUCCCAGGUAUCCCCAACCUCCUCUAGCAUAUUUCACAGAGAGCUCAGGUCUCACUCGGUACGCCUCCGACGACGACGACCUCGGCUUUGAUCCGUUCAAGGAGUCGGCGAUCGGCCUGGCGGCGCUUCUGAAGGAGGAGGAAGAGCGGCUCCAGGCGCAGCAGUUGCAGCAACAGCAGCAGCAACAACAGCAACAACUGCAACAACAGCAACAGCAACAGCAGCAUCACAACCACCUUUCACAGUGAGGAUUUUUGAAGCUUUGAAAAUCAGUUAGGACCUCGAGAUUUUCCGAAAAAUGAGCUUUAUAAUGAAGGAUUUUCAGUUGAAGUUACACAGUGAGGAUUUCAAAGGAAAUGCUCUGAAAAUGGGCAUGAAGCUUUAAUAUUUUUCGAGAAAAGAACUUGGAAAAGUAGCCAUCUUUAGGUAAAAUGGAGGAUUUUUCAUAGUGAGAUUUUUUAAGGAAAAGCUUUAGAAACCAGCUAGGAACACUGCGAUCUUCCGAAAAAUGAGCCAUUUUUAAAAGUUAUAAGAAGUACGAUUUUUAAUAGAGAAGCCCUGAAAAAAAUCAGCUAGAAACCUGAGAUUUUUCUGGAAAUUGACUUUUUUUCUCUAAGUUAAAAUGAAGGGUUUACCGUUGAAAAGUUGAUAUUUUGAAACUAAAGUCUCUAACAAGGAUAUUUGAGCUUACUCAAGGGGUUUCUGUAGAAAAAAAUUUUUUUUUCAAGAUUAAAUCAUUCUUAGGAAGAAUGACGGAUUUUUUUGGGUGAAAUAUUUAACUAUCUUUAAAAGAGAGAUUCAAAAAAAGAACUCUGGACAUAGCCUAGGAUCGUUAUUAUUUUUUGACUGAGAGCUGGGAAAAUUUCUCUCAGCUCAUUAUUUUUAGUUGAAAAUUUGAAACAUCGUUCACAGGGAAAAUACGCUUCAAAAGUUGGCGGAAAUCUCUAAAAUAUUGAUCAAGCCAUUCUCAGUUUUAAUGGGAAGCUCUGAUAAGUAGCUAGAAUUUGAAAGUUUUAAUGACAGCUUUCAAUUAUUAGCCGAAAAGUUUAAGUUUUCGUCCAUAUAACUUUGAAAAGUACCUCAAAGAUUCUUGCUUGUUCCAGAUUGUCGAUGCUCCAUCAACACCAACAACAGCAAAAACAACAGCAGCAGCAACAUCACGCUCAACAACUGAGCAUGAUGCAGCAGAUGCAAGCGGCCGCCGCUGCUUACACUCAGCCACAGUCUUUGAGAAGUCUCUGGACGUCUCGGAACGCUUUCGGCUCCAGUGUUCAGCAACAACCCCAGCCUCAGCCUCAACAACAUCAGCUCCACAAUUCUCAUAUGCAACAGCAGCAGAAUCAUCACCUCCAGCAGCAGCAGCACCCACUCCAUCAGUCCUACGAUCCGUUCUCCUCGUCCUCCUCCAAUAACUAUCACUUCAAUGCGCCUCACGGACUCCACCACGGACUUCACCAUCAACAGCAGCCCCAACAACAUCAUCAAGUUCAGCAGCACCACCGGGAACCGAUGCCGGGCAUCUUCCAGGAGCUCGCCGCUCAGUACGCCGCCCAGAUGUCCGGACCGUUUGCAGCGCCGCCUGGCCUCACUCCGCCCGUCUCCCGGCCACCUCAGCCUCAGCAGCCCCAACAGCAGCCACCACAACAGCAGCCGAACAAGACGAUGACCGAGUGGCAGGAAGGCUUCAAGGCCCUCCUACCCAACGUCAACGUUCGCUUCAUGGACGACUCGUCGAUGACGCGCUGGUCGCACGAGAGCAGUCUGCGAUCGGCCGUCCCUCCCCCGCCCGGCUUCUCAUCCGUCUUGAACCGGUAG